UGACACACCGCUGGUUGGUAACAACAAAACCGUGGCUUCCGCAUUUUGCAAACAUCAAGCACCUUAAAUCUUUUUGCGGUCGCAAUUGUGUUCUAAUUAUGAUGUUUGUGAUCGAAAACCCGUUUGCCAAAGUGGCGACAAUUGGCCUAUAAAAUGUCAAAAAAGUUUUGGUAACAGCAUCAGUUACUGACAAACCAACAAACGCAAACAACCAAAUCAACAUGAAGUUCCUCAUUUGCUUGGCUCUCUGCAUUGCUGCCACUCAAGCUGGUUUCAUCGCAUCUCCGGUGGCAACUUAUGCUGCCACUUAUGCCGCUGCUGCUCCUUUGGCCUAUACCGCUCCUGUGACCACCUACUCCGCUCCUGGCUACUCCACCUACUCCGCCUCGCUGUACAAAUCUCCAGUUUACACCGCUCCGGUGACCACUUAUGCCGCUGCUCCCGCUUUUGCUGCUCCCAUCACCACAUACGCUGCUCCAGCUGUCGUUAGCUCCUUCCUGAAGAAGAAGUAAAAAGGAUCCGCCUGCACAUAAAUGUAUUGACCCGACCAUGCGAUGCAAUAAACCACAUUAAAAACUAAACACAAAUAAAACAGACUCUAAUUACUAAUAAUAACUAGUCUUAUAUCCGAAUGAGUUUCUAACUUUUGCUAACAUACUUUUUGGCGAAAGUUGAAAACACGAUACAGUGGCAAUAAUAAUGAUAUUCACCUGCAGCAUUUAAUAUUUUGCAAAAACAAAUAGUUUAAUUAGCUCCCAUAUAACAAUACUCCAAAGAAAAUAAUCUGAAUUGGUUCAAAUAAUUAUAUGUUUCAUGUUUAUAUAUAACUUUAUUGAACUGUUACAUUUAGAUCUCUGAUACACAUAUUCUAGCUGGAUAAUUGGACGGCUUGCCUUUCAAUUGGCCUAAAAGAAACCAA